CCACCACCACCACUGCCGUCGCCGCCGCCACCUCCGCUGCCGCGCUAGCCACCCUCGCACGAUUUUCCACGAGCGAGUACGUGCGGCAGCCCCUGAGAGCAGAACCGUGCGGAGCGCAGUGGACUCGCUCCGGUCGUGUCGCGUGCCGCUCGCGAGAGCGAGGCUCGUGUUCUCUAUCCGUCUGCCUGCGUUUUUCCCUCGUCCGCACGCCCGCACCACCACCCGCAUCUCUUUCCACCCUUUUCCCCCGCGCGUACUACUACCUCACGUUUGGUCUCUUUCUCGUCGUCACCCUCUCUCCUCCCUCCUUCGCGCAAUCCCCUUUCCCGCCUCUUCUACAGUUUCUCUUGCUCUCUCUCUCGCUCUCUCUCUCUCUCUUCCUCUCUCCCCCCCCUCUCUCUCUCUCUGUCUUUCUCUGUCCGUUUACAACCCUCAACCCUCCCUUCCUCCUCGUGAUCUCGCUCUCCGUCUCCCGCUCUUCUUCCCUCCAUCACACUCCCCCGUCUUCCAUUCUUUCUGGUUCUCUGCGCGUUACGGCGUGAACCGUACUGAGAUCGCGCGACAACGCGGUAAUCGGCGGCUGCCGCGUCGCGGAAUAGUGCGAAUAAAUCGUAUCGUCCGGUCGCAGCGGCACUGAGGGGGUGGUGCGCGCGCCAGAAAGAGAAUGUUGCCUACGUUUCGCGCGGUGAAAUCAUGUGGUCGCGCUCGGCUCCGGAGAAGGCAGUGACAUUUCGGACAUACGUUCCGGAACGGCACGAAGCCCGGAACGCCGCCUUCCUCUUUCCGUUGAAAUGAUCGAGUUGGCCGGACUCGUCGCGAGGACCACUCGCAAAAGGAGUACCACGAAAAAGGAAAGGCGUUGGAGGUGAAGAAGGCAUAGAAGAAGAAGGAGAGGACGAGGAGGAGAGAGAGAGAGGAGGUGGUGGACGACGAAGAGAAAGGAGCAGCGCUCAGUGUGUGGAUUGCUGAAUCGUCCAAGCGCGUUAUUCAUCUGCGAUACUUGCUGCGAUCUUUGCUUGUACAUACAUACACUCGUACAUGCGACACGCGCGGGCGCGCGCGCGCGCGGGUGAUACGUCGAGUUACGAUUUGCGAUUAGUGAGUAGAUAGAUCGAGGAUCGGCGGUUCUGGAGGUAAAGCGUGCGCGGCAAGGAGAGGAGGUCCGAACGCAGUGCGCAAAAAAGAUGCAUGACCUAUGGACGAUGCGCGAAGAUCGUUAAAUCGCCUAAGCGCCGAACCAACCAAGAGACGACCGGUUCGCUGGUCUUGCUGGUUCCCGUUCGACGAUCGAUCGCCAAUCACGAAAUUACCCGGGGGGGUGAGAGAGGGAGAGAGAGAGAGAGAGAGAGACACAAGCUACGCUCACCCCCGUGCCGAGAGACCGAGGGCGACGGAGGAGGAGAGGGCGGAAAGAGAGAAAGAGAGAAGAUUUCGAGAAAUAAUUGUUGAGAACCGUCGGAAAUAAUGUUCCUGCCCGUCGACAGGCUGCUGCGCUCCGGGGUACUGUUUCUUUUGUGGAUAGGCUCGAGUCGCCAGCAAGAGGAGGACAUACCUCACAAUGAAGUAAAAAACUGGGCCUUAAAGUUUGGCGUGGAUCUAUGGGAGUUCGGUAAACAAGUAACUAAAAUGGGCGAGAUACAAAGAAAAUACCACGAGGAGGAGGCCAACAUCGCAAAAAAGGACGGUCUUGUCCUCGUUCGGGAAAUGGCUGCGGAGGUGAAAAACAUGAUGGACUUUAAAAUGAACGCCGUGAUGAGAUUAGUGGAGAGCGCCGAGCAAGCCGCGGUGUCGGCGCCAAGAGAAGGAAACGUGUCGCCCAAAUAUUAUGCCUCGCAUCGGCUUAACAGCUUCGUCAGCGACGAGAAGGGUUUCGCCGGCGCGCAGGAGAUGUUCCUCGCCGCGAAUCGUCACUUCGACCAUUUGGCGGUGAACGUUAGCUUGUCCGCCGUGCUCCUGCCGAGCGGAGUUAAAGACAACGAACGUGACGUCGCCUCGGGUAUUCAGUGGAGCGAGUAUCUAGAUCUCUUGUUUGUUAAUAAUUACGAGAGCGAUCCCACGCUGUCGUGGCAAUAUUACGGAGCGACCACGGGAUUCCUGCGUCGUUUUCCAGCGAUAUCGUGGCCGCCGAUGGAGGGUGCGUUCAAAACGUCAAAGUCCUCCGGCUCGCAUCGGGCCGUUCGCGAUGUGUACGACUUCAGGAUGUCGAAUUGGUUCGUCGGCGCGGCGAACAGUCCGAAGGAUCUAGCGAUACUGAUAGACAGCGCGACCUACACGUCCGACAGGAAUCGACGGUUAACGAUCGCCACGACCAGAGUUAUCCUGGACACCCUCGGGCCGGACGACUACGUGAACGUGUACCGAUAUGGCGAGAAUGCCGAGGAGAUCGUGCAGUGCUUCAAAGACAGUCUGGUGCAGGCGUCGCCGGAGAACGUCCAAGAGAUGAAGGUGGCGUUGGGUUCCGUGAAGCACGAGGAGUUCGCGACCAACAUCUCCGCUGCGCUCAGCACCGCCUUCGAGAUCCUACACAAAUACAACCGAACCGGUCAAGGCAGUCAAUGCAAUCAAGCCAUCGUGCUAAUCUCGUCUGACAACGACGGCGCACCUACGGAGGUGAUAAAACGCUACAAUUGGCCUCACAUGCCCGUACGGAUCUUCACGUACCUCAUCGGCGGUGACAAGAGCCCGGAGCUCCGGAAUACCGCCUGCAACAACAAAGGAUUUUACGCGAGGAUAACGGACAUGGAGGACAUUCAUAACAAAGUCUUCGAGUACGUGAAAGUUCUGGCGCGGCCUAUGGUGCUCUAUCAGCAUGACCAUCCGAUUCACUGGAGUCCCGCUUACGUGGGCGGAAAGAGCAGUAGAUACGGCCGAGAAAAUCGCGGGCAACUAAUGACGUCUGUGACAGCCCCAAUUUUAGAUCGCCGGAAUUACACGGAGAAAACGGCCAAUUUAUUGGGUAUCGUUGGUACUGACGUACCUGUUGAGGAGAUUCAGAAACUCGUGCCGCCUUACAAGUUAGGAGUUAAUGGAUAUUCGUUUAUUGUUGACAAUAAUGGCAGAGUUCUGUAUCAUCCUGACUUGCGGCCUCUCCCUGGAAAUAUAGAGUACGAGGAGACACUAAAGCCUUCGUAUAUAAGUGUAGAUCUAUCGGAAGUCGAGCUCGCAGAAUAUGACGGGCCUUCCCACCCGCUGAACAAUUCAAUCCUGCUCGAUUUGAGGCACGACAUGAUCGAUCAAAAGGAAGGAGAAACGGACUUUGCAAUCAAAAUGCAUUAUGAUGAUAUGAAAAGAGUCACGAUCAGACGGCACAAUUACUUUUACAAGCCGAUUGACAGCACGCCGUUCUCCUUGGGCCUGGCUUUGCCAGAAGGCUAUGGCAUGUUUGAACUGCGAGCCGAAAAGGAAAUCAAGCACGCUAUCAUAAACGUAACGGAGUUUUUCAAAGGGAACAAUUGGAAAGUGCACCCUGAUUGGGUCUACUGCGAGUACAAUUCGGCUUCCGAUAAGUUCUUUUCCUCCCCGGAGGAACGCAUCCUGCAUUUUUUGACACGGAUGCGUAGACCGGGGUGGAAGUGGAUGUCCUUGAGACCAAGGAGUCCUAGCUCGCACCACAAACAGGCGAGCAAGUCAGAUAAAGAUGCUUAUUAUUGCGAUAAAAAAUUAGUGCAGUCCUUGGUGUUGGACGCCGAGGUGACGGACGGAUUUGAUAAGAGGAUCGGCAAUACGAUGCACAAAGAGGAAAAUCAAAACCCUAUUGCCAUACUGAUGGCUCUACUGCACAGUCAGGGCAAGGGUAGAUUCGGCGUCACCAGGAGCUUCAUCGCGACCAGGAGCGGACUUCUGCGUUGGCACGAGCACCUGCAGAGCGACGAUAGCACCGACGAACCGCGGUUCGCGGAAAAGCACGCAAGAGCCAUGGACUCGUCGUGGUACAAGCGCGCAGUGGAUCAACAUUCUAUAGAACCGGAGAGCUUCGUCUUCAGCGUGCCGUUCGACGCAGCUGACACGGCCGAUCCGCUCGUCACCGCCACUCACGCAGUGUUCUUCAGCAAAAGCCACAAAGCUCCGGCAGCGGUUGUAGGCCUGCAGUUUCAACACUCGUCCUUAGCGACUCACUUCGUCAAUAUCACUUCUACGUGUACUGGUAUGACGGGCUGCAAGAAGAACUGCGCGUCGGAGGAGCUGGACUGUUACAUUCUGGAUAACAAUGGAUUUAUCAUUAUAAGCGAGCGUCACGAGCACACCGGCAAGUUCUUCGGUGAAAUAGACGGGACUAUAAUGGACUCCUUGGUGCAAGAUAGAAUAUACAGGAAAGUAACCGUCAUCGAUUAUCAAGGAACUUGCAGCCCCCAAGAGUCUCACCAGUCAUCGGCGCCACAAACAUCGUCCUAUUCUGUCAUCAAGACAGCAGCGAAAUUCGGCAGAUUCCUUUGGACCUUGGCCUUGAGCUUUAAUUUUCAAAAUCUAUGGCAGACGGUGUCGGCGUUUGCUAACGACGCGAUACACUCGUUGGACGAUGAUCUGGUAUUCAACGACGAUGGAGACUUGCGCGAUGGUGAGCUACAGACGUCCAUCGACUCGACGGAUGAAGCGACGGCGGAUGAGAACAACGUGUUCGUGAGGUUCCCGGCGAUCGCGCCGGCGACGCCUGCCUCGCCGCCGACAACUCGGGCCACGUCCGCGCAUUAUUCAUCGCAGAAGCUGCGCACAUGCGAGAAGAAAACGGAUCUCUACAUUUUGCAACCCGAAAGACUCAACACUAGCGGCCAGAGCAAUCCUCUAAAAGGAAAACUCACCAAUUGUCAUGUAACCGGAUGCGAGAGACCCUUCAGCGUCCAAAAGAUCCGUCACACGAAUCUGAUACUGCUGGUCGUCGACACGCUGUGUCCGUGCGGCAGCAAGCAACUCAGUAUCGACCCCAUCGAGGCUCUCACGGAGCCCGGCGCAUGUACAGCAAGGAGAGAACGUUUGUACCGGCGAAGACCACCGAAAUGCAUAAACUACCACCCUGAAGAGUUGGAGAUCAAAUUCUGCGGCGGCGCGUGCCGCCUCUUUAAUUUCUCGUCGUUGAGUCUUAUGGUUCUCUUAACCAUCGUUACAGUGCGGCUUGCGUGACUCUGUCAGGAUUAAUUGCACACACGUUUACAAAUUACCUUUUUAAAAUGGAUUUAGCGUUGUCGUUUCUAUGAAACAGUUACAUAAAGAGGAGAAAGAGGAGCAGGAAGUAAUAGGGAACGAGUGAAAGAGAGGGAGAGAGAGAGAGAGAGAGAGAGAAAGAGAGAAAGAGAGAAAGAAAGAGUGACCAGUGUGUUAGGUUCGCGAAUUACAUUAUACUACGUGAGGAUGAUAAAAUAUAUAUAUAUAUACAUACACACAUAUAUAUAUAUACACAUAUCUCUCUAUAUAUAUGUUACGUAUGUUACAUAUCCGAUUAUAAAUUCUGUUACGCGAGAGUCCUGAAUAUUUAUGUGUGUGCGGUCUCGCACGUGCGUCGAAAUUUAUCCUCGAUACUGGACAAAGCAAUAAGUGCCCCAUAUAACACGAAGUGUAAUAACGACGAUCGUGAGAGAGAGAGAGAGAGAGAACGGGAGAUUAAUAGAGAUUUGCGUGACAGAGUCGGUCGAUAGAUACGAUACACGUGUAGCGGUCGCAACGAUGCGCGAGGCAAUCGACGGACGGUCGACGACGACGACCCAGUCGCGCUUCCCCACGUCAGACUUCGUCCCCGAAGUCGAUCGAGAAGGGUAAUUUCAUUACCACGCGAUUCUCCCGAAUAUAUUUCCUCGACUUCCCCAGCAGACUUCUCUACCCUCUUCGUCGGGCGUAUCCGUAGAGGGGACGGAUUGUUUCGAACGAAACAAUAUUUAUUGCACACUUGAGUUCUUUUUGAUGCUCCGAGCGUCCAAUAAGCACAUGUACAAAGGAAUGCGAAAAAGAGCGCGCCCGGUGGAGAAUUCUUCGUCACGCUUCUUAAUUUUAUUCGUUUGUUCAUUCCUUGCACUCUCGUCGCUUCGCAGCGACGGGUCGAUGUUCACGUGCCUGCCGACGAGCGGGCAGGCCUAAAUCACGUCACGAAUUCCGAAUCUGAACGCGAUUGAACGCGAUCGCCUGACAAAGGCCGGCAAUUUCGAAGUGUGAUGAAGGAAUGUCGCGGUACGCGCUCGUCACUCCAAGCACUCGUGAGCGCAUUUGCGAACGCUGUUCAAUGCCGCGGAAAAAGAUUCGCACUGCCACUAGAGUCGCUACUCCGUCGAACAUACGAAGCAGCUAAGAAGCAGCUAUUCUCGUCUUGCUCUCUCGUAUUGUUUCUCUCUCGGCAAGAAUUUCGGGCAAGUGUACGUACAGUUUAUGUGGAAACAGAAAGAUCGUUUAACUGACGCAAAGAUGUAGAGCAAAACGCGCGUUCUGAUUGUCGAUCAGCAAAGACUCUAGUGUAAAUGCGGAUCACGCGCGGCAUCCCCUCCUUCCCCACCCCCAUUCCUUGCGAGAUUGUCGUCUCUCCGGUAGACGGAAUUCAUUAAAGAGUCUUCCCCUUUUUCCGGUCCUGUCGUAUUCGGAUUGAAUGUUUUUAUCGUUCCGUAGGUACUACGCGUAGACUGAUACUGGAAAUUACCACGUUUAAAAAUAUAGAUCGAAUAUGAGUAGCUCAAAUGUGAAGAAAUAAUCAAAAUAGCAGAGCAAUAAGAGAAUCACACCGCUGUAAGUUGACCGCGAUUGCUCGCCGAACGGUUUAUGCAAGGGACGAAUCGGCGCGCAAGGAAAUUGGCGGCUGUCAUUCUGUCCAUUUUCGGCGAAACGGUCAAAGAAACGCCUAUGAAGGAAACGGCAUGUGUGUAACGGUACACUCCGCCAGGAUCACCAUCCGCGUGUUGUUAUGUAUAAUAACACCAAGCUCGACUAUAAUUCUAUCAUUACGAUCGAUGAGUUUUUACGCGCGAUCAGUUGCGCUCUCUCGCCAGAACGACCGAUUGUGACUCGGAUUCCGCCAGACGCGACGAAUAAAUCUCGGCCUAGCAGCACGCCACACGACGUUGUAUCGUUCGAUGUCGCUGUGUCGAAUGACGCGUCGCUCGGCUGCAUUAAUUAUAAUCGUACAGUCGGGAAGAGAGAGAUUCUCUAUUUUUCCGUCAGUCAGGACCGCUUUGCGCGAUCUCCGUCCGCGACGAUUGUCGAAAGCCGGGUCCGUUCUUCCGGAGGAAGGUUGCAAAAUUUCAAAGAGCUGGGGCGCAUCGCGCGGACCUUUCGGAGUCACCACGUCGCGGAGAGAGGGGAAAACGUCGCGUCACGCGGUUCCUCCGGCCUUUUUUCUCCGGGUCCCGACACGAUCGCGCCUGUUUUAACGUGAUAAGGCCCGUAUUGACAGCUGUCACUUGAAACUUGUCUCGCAUGAGAUACUCAGACUUUUACUCAGAGUUAGAUUCAAGUUUUGCGGUUGAAUUAUAAUUAUGUGACAGAAAAACUUUCUCCUCUGACUCUGAAUUCACAAAUUUGAGUGUCUCACUUGAGGCAAAUUUCAAGUAAUACAGAUAACUAUUAAUACAGAUCUAAGCCGAUUGUUCCAAGCUCUUCAUGAGCUAGCUGACGGUUAACUCAUAUGUCUAUCUUUUUCUAUUUCUAAUUUGAAGGAGAAACAAAGACAGAAGUAUGAGCAAACUCUCAGUUAGCUCACUGAGAUGUUAGAGAAAUCAGCCCGAAAACAUUCAAAUCAAAUUCUCGACGGAGACGGUGUUCACCAAGUUCUGUCUCAGCAUGGCUCCCGCGGAGAGAAACACCGAGGAUCGAUGCGCCGUAGAAAUUUUCCAUCCGUGUCACAAACGCACACGUAUAUACGGGAAUUACGUUGCUCCAAAAGCAAGAAGGAAACAAUAUAAAAGAAAUUGUACGAUAAAAGCAGAAAACGCGUAAAUUCGUUUCGUAAAGUAAGGCGCGACUCGAGUUAGCCUCAUUUUUACGACCUAAUGUUAAGAGUAACGUUAUGGCGCCCUUGCUUCUUCCGCAGGUAAUACUACGUUACGUGCGCGUGUAUGUGUGUGUGUGUGUGUGUGUGUGUGUGUGCGCGUACGUGUGAGUGAGAGAAAGAGGGAGAGAUAGAAAAAUGCAUCUUGUAAAUUUUUGCCACUUGUCUCCAUGCAUAUAUCGGUACUCUCCGCAGAAUCGCAUAAAACUGUGUACGAUCGAUCGAGAAACCGAAAUCACGGGAGAAUAGAAAACGCGACGCUUGGAGCAACGAAAUAAUUGAUAAGGAACAACAAGAGUCGUAAUCUAAUAAUGUACGUCGUCUCUCGUUCGAGGUGAAGAGAGAAACGCGCGCUGUAACGAGCAACGACGACGUUUCCUUUUCAGCGAGAAUAAGAUGCGACACCCGAAAAGAAUGAAACAUUGUAGCUCGAUGCACUUGCGAUCACGGAUCACAGCACGAAGAGAAAACGAGAAUCCCGUACGGUUCAAAUGUCUGCGAAUACAUUCCAGAGACGUUCCAGAGAUGUCUGGAUAUAUUUCUGGGACGUACCUGGGAGAUGUAUUUCGCGCAUUUACGGAAUAGAGCAAAACGCGUCUUGCAUUUCAUUACAAUUGAUAUUUCACUGUCGUUCGAAUUAAAAAAACGCGUGCGAGCGUAUGAGAGAGAGAGAAAGAAAGAGAUAGAAAGAAAGAAAGAGAGAGAACCAUCGAGUUCUUCGCGUUUCCCGCGAAGAACGUCUCGGAGGGUAAUUACGAUCGCGAGACGGACCGAUCGAUGCGAAUGUGAGAAGGGCGUGCUUUGCGCGCGCGCGCAAAUCACGAUUAGCCGAUUAGGUUAAUCACCGCCGCCCCUCCGCCCCAUCCUACCGCAUAAUCGUCGGUAUCGAUCGCGACGGGACACGCGACGACGCGCGCGACACGCUCCUGUAGCUAUGGUGGUUGCGCUAUAUUGUCUUUUUUCUAUAUUGUAUUAUAUAGUUACGAUUAUAUGAUAUGAGAUACGGAACAAAGGAUAGAGAUCCUGCUCAUAUCGGGAUCGGUUGUGAAUCGAUCCCGUAUCUAACGUGUUUUCCCAAUCAAAGAUAUCGGUCCAAGUGACCUUAAGAAUUUUCCUUAGGAAAGCUGUGAUGAUCGGGAGAGAGGCGGCCGACUCUCGGGUCGCGGAAUAAUUCGCGACCGUCGGAUGCGCGAGGCGCCUCGCGACGGGUCGCCUUUCCUCGUUUAAAGUGAGCGAACCGGUGAUUCUCGCGCGGAGGAAUGCAGAAUGAGAAAUCGACGUAGCCGGCUCGCCGGGUUCUCGAAGCGGCGAUGAGAGGAGAUCCCUUCUCGGAGCUCUCAGCCGUCGGAACGCUCAGCGUUGAGGAAUGUAAAGUUGAACGUUAAGGCAAUAACAUCGCCCCGACAUUCCUCCGCGCGAGAAUUCCGCGCUCCCGAGUUCAAAUAGCGAAUCCACCUUUGAUCCUUCGCGCUGCAGUCGCGAAUUAUUCUGUACUUUGCAUUGCGUUGAACGCGAUGGGGCUAUGGGCUAUGCGUUUACGCUAAGAGAGCGGAUUGCGACGACCGCCGUCGAGAAGCGUUUCACCCGCAAACGGGACUCGCCGUCGUCGCCCGGGGUGAGACACGCGAGUGAUGACGGAUAAUCGAUGCCGCGACUUUAGUCCACUUGAGUUUAAGACCCGGAACACACAGAGGAAUUUACUCUCUUAAAACGAAUCAGUGAAACAUCAUCAAACCAGUGAAUAUAAACUGAUUUGCACUUAUAAGUAUAGCACUGAAACUGCUCAGUGCUGUACUUAUAUAUGAUAUCAGUGAUACACUGAUCAGUGACCAUUCACUGAUUCACUUCAAGAGAGUUAACAGUGAGACGUUAAGCAGUAAGAAAAUUAACCAAUCGCAUCAUCGAUUAUUUUUCGACCGCAAGGUCGAUUCUCGGUCAAUUCUCUUACUACUUAAAUUUUAUUGCUCACAUUUUUCUGUGGAUAUUUUCCGGCCCUGUCUUUGCAUCCGGUUCAGCUUUGCGUUAGUUUCACGUCAGAUAAGUUUAACUUAGCUUAAUGUGCGUAUAUUGUUUGCGAUGAUGUCUGUGCUCUCUUCCGCAAUUCAUCCUUGUAUCUCAAGUUAAUACAUACUUUCUUUCGCGCUUAAUUUCUUCGCGAAUUUAAUGCCGACGCUAAUCGCGCACAAAGUAGUGUCUCCCCGUCGACACGAAGCCAGGACGAGACGUGGAGUCGCAUUCGCGGGGGAACACGAGCGAAAGGAAUAACGAUCCGAUAGCCAUCGUCGUCGAAAUGUCAUCCCGGUCGUGAUCACGGAUUAUGAGGCAAAUGCGACGGGACUAAAGAAACUACGUUUGUUGAGCUAGUUGGAUAUUCGUUCGAUUUAAGUAGGUGAUGUUACGUUUGUAAAGAGAACGUUGCGUGCGCGUAUCGCGACGCGCCGCGAAACGUCGCGAGGCUUGGGCGCGAAGUUACACGAGCGCCGGUUUCGUGGCGAGAUUCUACGGGAGAGAUUGUUUAGGGAAAAAGAUAAGAGAAAGAGAGAGAGAGAGAGAAAAAGAGAAAGAGACCCCUUUAACGGCGCGUCAAUGAGAUCUAAUUGCCGCUCCAAUGGCACAAACUCACUCGUGCGACCUGCUGACGCGUCGCGAAUGGACAAUUCUCCCCGAAACAGUCACACCUGGAUGUUUGCGCGUCCGCGUCGAGACAGUCCGCGGUGCAUUCCAUAUUCACGAGAUAAAAUUUCAGUAUCUUUUUUCGUCGAUUUACUUCGUGUAAAUUGUUUUCGUGUGACAUCAGCUUGCUUCUUCGUCGCGAGCUGCCUCGAUCGAGGAGCAUUGUCGAGAAAUGUCCAUUUAUGUGACGACGAAGGAAAGACACUUGCGAGGCCCAGCAUGUCGCAUGGACGGAUAUACGCUAAAGACGCGUAACGUCGCGCGGGUGAUGCGAAAAAAAAUAAACGCCAAGUAAAAAAAAGAGAGAGAGAAAGAAAAUCAGAAGGAAAAAAAAUAAGAAUAAAAUAAAAUCUAUAAACGUGUUAGAUAAAAGAAUCUUUCGACCGGCACUUUUAGGUGCUGCCAUGUCUUCCAUUAUUUGUAUAUUAUUAAUAAUAAAAAUCGACUAUAACGUAUUGUAACGUACAUCCUCACACCUAUAAACGCGCGAGCGCGCACGCGUGCAUCACUCGGUAUGAUACGUGCGAUUUUGAGUGAGAGGACGAGCGAGCGAGCGAGCGAGAAAGAAAGAAAAUAAUACACAUGUGUGUUUGAACGUGCACUGUAUAUAUUGGACACGUAUCGUGUGUGUAUACACAUCCGAGUCGCCGCUUUUAAUUGUCCAUCUAACUUAUUUUCGAUCGACGUAAAGAGGGAUCAGCGUGAAAGAUUUCGUUUUAGAUAAACGAAUAAAUUCGCCGUCUCGUCGCGGACGUCAUUUCGGCUGUUGUCCACGUCAGCCUUCGACGAAUCACUCAACAAGACGUUGUCUCCGAAACGUAUGCAAUAUAUACAGAACGUAUGAAAACGAAAGGGAGAAAAGGGAGGAGAGAGGAAGAGAGAAAGAAAAACUAUCGCUACCUCUUUUAUGUAGAUAGUGAAGCUGAGAACUGAACCGAAAAAGACAAUAGCUGUUUUUAAUAUUUCUCUUAACCGUAAUUAGCUCGGUACGAUUACAGCGCCGUGCUUUAUAUAAUGUUAUACUCUAGAAUUAAAUACGAGGGUUAAUUUAUGAAGAAGCUUAUGCGCGGAAAGCGAAGUGAUGUUCUUGUCUAAUUGUCGUUAAUCAGCCUGAUCGACUCCGAUCCGGCCAGAGGAUUCAACGCGUCGUAGGAGUUGCGAUAGUUUCGAACAUCUCGAUAUGGCUAUGUGUGUGCGCGUAUCUCACGUGAAGCGAUGCGAUCGCGUGCGUAACGAAGGCGCUCGACGAUAGGCAGUAGAAAACGUUGUUGUUGUUGUUGUUGCUGAAAAAUGCCUCGCGGUCUUCCGCGAGAAACUGAGUUCGAUGAUUCGUACUUCAAUGAUUUCAGUCGUUUUCAAUGUACAAUCGAUAGCCGCGCGAUUCCCUCGAGGUAGCGCUCACCUCUUCUCGUUCGCUAAUAGUCAGCCCCUUCGAGGCACAUGGUCGAAUCGCUCCCUCUCCCCCGUGUGAGAUAUCCCGAGUAUGUAUGUAAAUACUAACGCAGGCAUGCGCGCGCGCGUGCACAACACACAUACACACACACACACACGCACACAUACACCAACACACGAAACCACCUACACCGAAAAGAGAGGGGAAAAGAGAGGCAGGAGAUAAUUGCAAACUUAUUUAAUAUUAUCUAAGUAUAAGGAUACGAUGUAAUAUUGUAUGACAAAAGUGUGAGCGCGAGAGAGGGAGUUGGUAUUUUUCACAGGAUUUUUAAGAGACACAGGGGUCGGUGUGUGUUUAUCGUUUCGCCAUAAGUUCCGACGAGGUACGGUGCGACGCGCGCGCGCGUGCGAGCGUGCGUGCGUGCGUGCGUGCAUGCGUGCGUGCGUGCGUACUUCGCUGUAUUUCCCCCGAGGCGUACGUUGCUGUAAUUGAAUAGUUUGUGCGUGGGUGCAGCGUCGGUGCGGACGAUUCGUGUUUCGGGGGACCGACAGGGCGACGAGCCCCGCCGUUUCCCGGUUCGCGAUGCAUUCGCCGUUCGCCGAGAAGAGAAUUCGGAAGGUCGGGACGCCGCGCUAUCCGUAGAUUUUGCGCGUUGCUCAUGCGUGCACGGAGCGCUCUGGGAUCACCACGUUCGUCUCUCGCGAAUGGAGCGUAGUGUGGAGUAGCGUGUGUUACAGCGUCGCGAGAGCGCGAAGCGCCGAGAUUUGUGUAAAUAUGCGUCGGGACUCUGUAAAUAGGUAGUCGAAUUAGUUUUCGCACUGCGAGCGCGUUCAAACGGAAAUUUCAUUCGCGACUUAGUUACCGAGCAAGUAGAAGCGACGAGACGAGACGAGCGCGCGACACCUUCCCGUAGCAUUUCUCCGCGAAAGAACAAAUUCUAGAUUUGCCGAACGGUUUAGAAGAGACACGGUGAUGGUGCUCCCGGAGCGCUCUGUCCGAUCACCCGGAGAUGCGGUACACAAAGAGCAGCAACAUUCAAUUGCGAUAGUUCGCGUGACUUUGUAAUUGCACUCGUGUAAUUUCACUCCUUUCUCCAAGGCGGGAAUUUACUUUUUGCACAAAACGCGUGAGGCGAGACGCGAAAGCAGACGAGAAGAUGUGUGCGAAAUAAAAAGAGGGAGAAGGGAGAGGGGAGGGAGAAAGAGAGAGAACAGACGGAUAAUGAUGAACGGCGAUUAUGAUUCAGGUCUUUUCGUGAACCGACUAAUUGCUUUCCUCCGUUUUCUCGUUAUUUCGUUGAACGUCCACAAGAUGCGUUGUAGCAAAGAAGGCAAGAAGAUCACGUUUUUUUUCCGACAAGUACCGACAAGAAACCGCAGAACUGAGCAAAAGGGAUGCGCAAACUAUCGCGAUCCAGCGUACGCACAUAUAUAGUUCUAUCACGACUUACGAUUUUCAUUUUGUACAAUAUUUAAUCCUUAGGUGAGAGAAAGGGAGAGAGAGAAAGAGAGCGAGAGAAAAAGACGGAGAAAGGGCGAUAAGAGUAUCUAUUGAUAAUGAAAUUCGUGUUAUGGUUGGCGGUAAAAAAAAAAUGACACUCCGCGACAUAUAUAUAUUAUAUGAUCGUAUAUAAUGUACGUUAUCAUAACGCGCUUUAACAGUCUGACGAUGAGGAGAAGAAAGAGGAGAAAAACUUGUCAAAUAAGACCUUUUACUUGAUGUAUUUAUCGAACGUACAUACAAUGACGUCUAUAAUAUAUUGCAAUAAAAAGGACUAAAACCAUU